AUGGGACUGAGAGAAUCAACUUCCGGCACCGGAGAUGCCAGUACUAGUCACGCCGAAGCGGGGACAAGUGGCAGCUCCUCCACUGCCUCCGGCAGCGUGCGAAGGUUUCCUCUGGCUGCACAGCCGGAAAUUAUGCGAGCUGCGGAAAAAGACGACCAAUACGCCUCAUUCGUCUAUGACGCCUGCCGUGACGCCUUCCGCCACCUCUUUGGUACACGAAUUGCUGUUGCCUAUCAGAGUGAGACAAAACUUUUGGGGCAGAUGCUCUACUAUGUCUUAACUACGGGUGCAGGAAAGCAGACUCUAGGAGAGGAAUAUUGUGACAUUACUCAGGUUGCAGGAUCAUAUGGACUUCCUCCAACCCCUGCAAGGCGUGCCCUUUUUAUUUUUUAUCAAACAGCAUUCCCAUACAUUGCAGAAAGAGUCAGCUCACGAAUUGCUUCCCGGGGUAUUACAAUGGCUGAUUCACUAACUGAUGAUCCCUAUGAGGACGAAGUUACAUCAAACAGCCAAACUCAGUCGUCUACCAGUAUUCAAAUGCCAUCGACCUCAGCAUCAACAGGUCCUCUUUCAGCUUUGUCCAGAUUGAAAACCAAAAUUACUGGAUUGUGGUUAUAUACAGUGCAGAGGUGGCCCUCAAUGCUUCCUUUAGCCCGUGAACUUUUCAUGCUGAUUCUCCGGACGAACCUUAUGUUCUUUUAUUUUGAAGGCUUAUAUUAUCAUAUAUCAAAUCGAGCUGCUGGGAUUCGUUAUGUAUUUAUCGGAAAACCAACCAAUCAACGACCUAGAUAUCAAAUAUUGGGGGUUUUCCUCCUAGUACAGCUAUGUAUCCUUGCUGCUGAAGGAUUGAGGCGAAGCAAUAUAUCUUCCUUUACGAAUACACUUCAGCAAUCAUCUGUUGGAGCCCAUCAAACUCCCACAGGGAGAGGUUUACCUGUCAUAAAUGAAGAUGGCAAUGUGAUAAGUGAAGACUCUGGAAAGGGUAUUUGGAUUUCUGAAUCAACAUCUACAUCAGAGUUUCAGGUUGGUGGAAUAAGCAAAUGCACUCUUUGCCUUAGUACUCGUCAACAUCCGACAGCCACACCGUGUGGUCACGUAUUUUGCUGGAAUUGCAUUAUGGAAUGGUGUAAUGAAAAGCCUGAAUGUCCUCUAUGCCGUUCACCAGUGACUCAUUCAAGCUUAGUUUGCUUGUAUCAUUCAGAUUUUUAG